GUUUAGGCAACACCAGUUGAACUUAAAAGGAAACAAAACCAAGAAACAAGACAGCCCCUCUUUCUCUAAUUGUGCAAAGCAACAUUUCCAAGAAUUGUAUAUAACUAUGCGUUUAUGUUUGACAGAGUGUCCUGGGGAUCUGCCCCCGUCUCAAAGAUUCCUAGUCAUGGAAGGAGAAACUUCAUGGGUGAGCCAUUGCUUUAGUAGUAACUCACCAAAUCACAACAUGGAUUUCGACUCAUUCUCGGAUAUCAACAAACUCGAAGCUGAAAACGAAACUCUACCCGUCUCCUUAGACUUAAUCUUACCCGACGACCUCUUGGAACGCAUACUGACCUACCUCCCAAUAUCCAGCAUCUUCCGAGCAGGCUCCGUCUGCAAAAGAUGGCACGAUAUAGUAACAUCAAAAAGGUUCCUAACAAACACUUCCAACGCUUUGUAUUCGCAGAAGAAGCCUUGGUACUUCAUGUUCACCAGCUCAGACGAGCCCAUCGGCUAUGCCUACGACCCCAUCCUCCGUAAAUGGCACAACAUCGAGCUCCCGUGCAUAAACACUUCUAAUCUAUUCAUAGCCUCCUCGUGUGGAUUAGUCUGCUUCAUGGACAAAGACGGCCGAAACGGGCCUUACAUGUGCAACCCGAUUACGAAAUCUUGUAGCGGGCUGAAAAGUCCACCUGGCCCGAAAUUCUCGGACUACGCCUCGCUGGCGGUGUCGGUCGACCGCGUUUCGUUCGAUUACGAGGUCUCGGUCGUUAAGUGCAAGGAGAUUCCCGGGAAUUUUUUCCAGUGGGAUUUGUCGAUAAACGUGUACUCCUCGAGAGAUGCCAUGUGGACGACGGCUUUGAACGAGACGUUAGCGGGCUGGCGGGCCGGGGAAGAGAGUGUGAUUUGCGGCGGGGUUCUAUAUUUCUUGAUCUACUCUGUUGGGCCCGAGGCCCGUCAUGGAGUCCUGGCUUACAAUCUCAGGGCCCGGCCCGCGAGGGGGGCUUUGAUGGGGAGUUUUGUGAAUGUGCCGUGCGCUUUGACGUGCGGGCGUUUGAUGGGCGUUGGGGGGAAGCUUGUGAUGGUGGGGGGAAUUGGGAAGGCUGAUCGAGCGGGUAUUAUUAAGGGGAUAGGUGUGUGGGCCCUGGAAGGGAAGGAGUGGAUGGAAAUGGCGCGGGUCCCGCAUAAGUAUUUCCAGGGAUUUGGUGAGCUGGACGAUGUGUUUGCCAGCAGUGGCACGGAUGAGUUGAUAUAUAUACACAGUUAUGGGUCGCCGAUGCUUCUCGUUUUCGAUGUGGGAUUGAGGCAGUGGAAGUGGUCGCAGAAGUCGCCGGUCGCGAAGAAGUUUCCGCUGCAGCUUUUUACGGGCUUUUGCUUUGAGCCGAGAUUGGAUGUUGUGGCUUAGUUGCUUUGAGGAAAUGAAUCUUUGUGUUGUGUUGUUUUGUUGUUGUCGACGGUGGAGGAAUGGUAUGCGCGGUUUCUUCUGACUCUUAUUAUGACUAUGUGUGUUUUUUUUUUUUGGUCUCUUUUGUUGUCCCUUCUUCUUACAGACGCUUUUGUUGAGAUAAUGGUGAUUAUAAUGAUUUAGGGAGAGGCUAAUAGGUGGUUCACAUCAUAUCAUAUAUGGAGAAUAAUGUUCUUAUUCUUUAUGCUGGAAAUUUGACUUAGAGUUGAAAUGAAUUUUGAGAAGUUGGAAGGAUAUUUGAUCACGGGUUUUUUGUCUUCAGCUUUAAUGUUUAUUUGUGUGCUCUUUCGAAGUUUCGCUAAAGUUCAGCCUUCCAAGAGUACUCUUAUGGUUACUUUCGAACGUGUGAGAAGCAAACACCAGUCCAUUUUUAUUCCGUGUUAUGUUGAAAAAGGAAAAAAGAAUGGUAUUAUGCAUUUGACAUGAAAGUUAUAGUUUUGAAUUUCUGAUUGCUUGUAAACUCAGUAUGUACAUCUAACAAAUUGAAAAUUCA